AUCCAUUGCCGCAGUGAUAGAAGAAACUGAUUCAGAUACAGAACACUCGCAGCAUUCUGCCAAAAUUUUGGACUUCCUACUUCGCAAAUCUGUAUCCUUCACUUGCACACCAUGGCAAAAUCAGACAAGAAGGCAGACAAAAAGACAGCAGAUAAGGCCAAGGCUGCCAAACCAGCCGCUGCCUCACCCGCAAAAGCAAAGUCGCUAGCGUCGUCCAAAGAGAUUUUGGCCAAGGCUAAAGUACUCAAAGCAUCGAACGGAAAGGCUUCCGUUAAACGUGCCAACGACGAAUCAUCUGACGAUUCCUCAGACUCCUCUUCGGAAGAUGAACAGCCUAAAAAAACUGUGCUAACGUCAGACUCUGAUGAUUCAUCGGAAGAAAAAAAGCCUGCUAGUACCCCGGCCAGCAAAAAAGGAAAGAGUAAAAUGGAGAUCGAUGAUUCCUCUGAUUCGUCUUCAAGCGACGAGAGCUCAUCAGAUGAGAUAAAACCAAGGCGGCCAAACCAACCGCCUCGCCCGGAAAGAAAGUCAAAUUGCCGACAUCAUCCAAGGACAUUUUAGCUAAGGCUGGAGCACUCAAAGCAUCGAUUGCAAAAGCUUCCCAAUCAAGCGACGAGUCCUCGGACUCCUCUUCGGAGGGUGAACCACCCAAAAAGGCUACCCCUGCUUCAGACUCCGAUGACUCAUCGGAUGAUGAAAAGCCAGCCAGUGUCCCGGGCGGCAAAAAGGGGAAGGGUAAAGAAAGUGGUGAUUCUUCCGAUUCUUCGAGCGACGAGAGCUCGUCAGAUCAGGAUGGGGACAAGGGUACUGAGGCUCAGCCUGCCAAGGGUAAGCUAUUGAUCGCAGUGGUCGUCUAUCAAUCUGAAUGGUCUACAGGCA